AUGGCUUCACAGAACGCCCUACGACGACUGCGAGGCGGUGAUGAUUUGCCGGUUCGGGCCUACUUGACUCUCCGGAGGAGCCAGAACCGCGAAUGGUGUGGCCUAUGUGGGGAAGAGCUACUUGGCCGCGCCCGUCUCGAAGUGUUUAAGUGCUCGGACUGUGAGCAGAGUUACCACCAGGAUUGCAUCGACCAGCUCCGGCGCCAGGAGGCCGACCGCGGGGCUCCCCUGCCUUUCGGCUGCCCGGGUUGCGGCAGACCCUGGUACGAGACCUCUCGCCCCCGUUUCCGGCAAGAAAGAACCUCGGGACGGUAUCAAUAUCGGAUGGAAGGUCGAACCUUCAUCUGCGAGGGGGGCCUCUUGCCUAAUGGGCAGCAGUGCGCCUACACGACAACCAACAACUCCAGCUUCUACCGCCAUUAUGGUAAUGUGCAUGAGAGCCAGCACUUGCAGGAAUCAGGUACCUGCUUCUCCUGCCCUUACUGCGGUCAUAGCUUGCCGACUGAAGAGAGCUUGAUGAGACACUGCCGAGCGGCGCAUUUUGACCGGGAACUGCCUACGGCUGGCACCUCCUAUCGUCAACGGGAUGAUCCCCGUUCCGCGGCCAGGGACUCUCAUAGUCCCCGAAAUGCCGGGAGUACAUACCAGUCAGCCGAGGAUGGUGAGUACUACUGCCCCCGCUGCGCCGCCGGUCCCUUUGACUACUCGCGAGUCUUGAAUCAUCUGACGAUUUAUCACAACGGUGAGCAGCCCUACUGUGAGCUCUGUGGCCAGUCGUUUUAUGCCUGGCGUUUUCUGCUUCGUCAUCUACGCGAAGACCAUUGA